GUGAAUUCUCACAGUCAUUGUAUAUUCAGCUACUUUGAAUACGCACCAAGCAUCAUGUCUACCUUCGCUUUUCUCCUCCUCUGCAUCCAAGCUUGCUUGGUUCAGAAUGUAUACAGCCAGUGUCUUGGUGGACCUCUUGGUUGGGAAGGCGGUCUGGCUGGACCUCUCGGUUACGGAUGGGGUGCCGGACUUGCUGGUCCCGCUGGUUACGGAUUGGGCGCUGGUCUAGCUGCUCCUUGCGGCGCUGCCUACGGAGGUGCCGGUGUCGGUGAUGUAGCGGUUGCUGGUGAAAUGGGCGUCGCUGGUACCACCCUGGUUGCUGGUCAAGUGCCGAUCCUCGGUGCUGUUGAGUUCGGAGGUAUCGUGCCAGCCGCUGGAGCUGUUUCCAUUACCGGUAGCUGCGGCUGCGGCUGCAAUGGUGGUUACAUCUACUGAGAGGAAACUAAUAUGAUUAACGGAAAUAUGAUUUGUAAAAUAAAU